UUUAUGAGGGAGAUACCCCUCCGCUGCCGGUCCCAAGAUGAGGAGGCUGACGAGGAAGAAGGCCCUGACUCUGGUGAAGGAGUUGGACGCCUUUCCUAAAGUUCCUGAGAGCUACGUGGAGUCCACAGCCAGCGGUGGGACAGUGUCUCUGAUAGCCUUCACUGUCAUGGCUGUCCUUGCCUUCCUGGAAUUCUUUGUGUACAGAAACACAUGGAUGAAGUACGAAUAUGAGGUGGAUAAAGAUUUCAGCAGUAAACUGAAGAUAAAUGUGGAUAUUACAGUUGCCAUGAGAUGCCAGUAUAUAGGCGCAGAUGUCUUAGAUCUGGCAGAGACCAUGGUCGCUUCUGAUGGCUUAAAAUAUGAACCAGUCAACUUUGAGCUGUCACCACAGCAAAGAUUAUGGCAGAUGACUCUUCUCCACAUCCAGGAGCGUCUGAGAGUCGAGCACUCUCUGCAGGAUUUACUCUUCAAGGCUGCAAUAAAAGGAUCUCCUCCUGCUCAGACUCAGGGCGAGGACAGCUCCACUUCCCUUAGUGCCUGCAGGAUACAUGGACAUCUGUAUGUCAACAAGGUGGCAGGAAAUUUCCACAUUACUGUUGGAAAGUCCAUCCCACACCCCAGAGGCCAUGCCCACCUAGCUGCCCUUGUCAGCCAUGAUUCUUUUAACUUUUCUCACCGGAUUGACCACCUGUCCUUUGGAGAGGCCAUCCCUGGAAUUAUCAGCCCUCUGGACGGCACAGAGAAAGUCUCUGCUGACUCAAACCACAUGUUUCAGUAUUUCAUCACCAUUGUGCCCACCAAGCUGAACACCUACAAAGUUUCUGCAGAAACACAUCAGUAUUCAGUCACCGAACAGGAGCGAGUGAUAAACCAUGCUGCAGGCAGCCAUGGAGUCUCAGGGAUCUUUAUGAAAUACGACAUCAGCUCGCUCAUGGUCAAAGUCACGGAGACCCACAUGCCCCUCUGGCAGUUUCUCAUCAGACUCUGCGGCAUCAUCGGAGGCAUUUUCUCCACCACAGGCAUGAUCCACAGUUUGGUUGGAUUCUUGGUUGAUGUAAUUUGCUGUCGCUUCCAAAUGGGAAUCUACAAACCGCUUAAUAAGACUCCUCCGGAUGUGCAGGAAAACAGUGGGAACAGUGAAACUCUGCUUCCUACAGAAAACUAACCUCAGUAAUGAGACAACAACAGCAGCUGCUCGUGAUCGUCACCCACAGACAGCAAGGAGAUGCUGGGGAAAUGUUUACAAGUAGUGUUACUAUAAAGUAUGUCCCUGCUCAGAAAUAUGUAAGAUUUUUUAGCUUUUUGUCUUUCUUUUUACAUUUUUUUAUCGAGUAGGAGUAAGAUUCAGAUCUGACUGUUCAUCCACCUCCAAAGAAUUGUAAUCAAUACCUCCACUAAUUAUGUCACCUUCACUGGAAAGCAGAAAAGCAUAAUUUUUUUUACUCAUUAUUGUGGCUCUGACUGUAUGGACUACAACGGUACCUGCAGGCCUAUCGUACACCUGCAGCUUCACUUAUUUUGGCUCAUUUGAUGUCUUUGUAGCGGUGCAUCGUACGGUUACUUGACAUCUCCCUGAAAGAUUAGUUUCACAGUUCUGGUUCUUUAAAACGGUUCGAUGACCUCCAGAACCUCCCUGCUGACAAGACUUCUAAUCAGCUCCAAUGAAGAGAAGACCUGUGUGAGUGUGAAGCGACUUUCAUGUGGAAUUGUGUGAAAAGAUUGGGAAGGUGUGUUUUGUGUAAAUGAUUGUUGAAAUGAUACUGCUGUGUCGAUUAAAAUCCAUUUUCCGUUGA